CCCUCCACAAGCGUGCAACAGAUGGAAGGAGUACUCAAACUUGGUUUGUGGGUUAUCAUUCAAGGAAUAUCAGUUACCCGGACAGCACAAGUCUAUAUGUUUCGUCUGUUUUUUGUGCAUUAGAGAAACCUGUCUAUUUGACAGAUAGAUGACGUAGGCUACAUAACACAUUCUAAUGGUUCUUUCUUCACUUGCCCAUACGGGAGUGCGAAAAAGGCGUUCGUAGUAAUUUUUUUAUGUCACCUCGACUUCCUAUGGAUUAUGACAACACCAUGGCUCCUCCGGUGCCGCCGCACAAACACCAAACUACGCGAUCAGGCGAGGGUCAAGAGCGCGUGCUGAAGUGCCUGCUGCUGGGUGAUGGAGCGGUGGGCAAGACCAGUCUGAUUGUCAGCUACACGACGAAUGGCUAUCCAACGAAAUACGUCCCCACUGCAUUUGAUGACUUUUCAGCGGUGGUGCAGGUGGAUGGACAUCCCGUGAGACUACGGCUGUGUGACACUGCAGGACAGGAUGAAUUCGACAAGCUCCGUCACUUCUGCUACUCCCGCACCGAUGCCCUGCUCCUCUGCUUCAGCGUGGUCAGCCCCGCGUCCUUCCAGAACGUCUGGGAGAAGUGGGUCCCUGAGAUCCGCCGGCGAUGCCCGCUGGCGCCAAUGCUGCUGGUGGGCACUCAGUGUGACCUGCGCGAGGACGUGAAGGUGCUCAUCGAGUUGGCCCGGCGGCGGGAGAGGCCCGUGGCGGAGGUGGACGCCCGUGCCCUGGCAGACAAAGUCGGUGCCGUGGCUUAUGUCGAGUGUUCGGCCCUCACCCAGAAGAAUCUGAAAGAGGUGUUCGACGCCGCCAUUGCCGUGGGUCUGAGGCACGCCGACAGGAGAGCGCGGCGGGAGCGGAAGGUACGCAGCACGGCCGAUAAGAUGAAGAUGCUGUCCAUGUCGUGGUGGAAGAAGUACGUCUGCAUUCAGUAGGGGAAGGGAACAGGCGAUGGGCGCUGAGACUGGGACUUGAGGCCUAUUCACGGCACCCCGUGUUGUUCAUGUGGAUUUAAGGAAUUCUGUCUGAAUGACGCUCCAAGGGACCCAUACUUCACAGCUGGAAGAAUCCACAGUUUAGUGGAGGAAGCGUAUUGACUGGGGCUGAGAGGGCUCCGCUGAUUGGUAGAUUGAAAAGAGACUGACGGGUCUGUGCUCCAGCCUCUCCCAGCCUGCUUGAGCUAGUCUGAACUUUAACCUCUGAGCGGGGUGGUAUCAAAUAUCAUCAAGGAAUAAUGCUGUUAACAUGAGUGAUUAUUCAAGGGAGCGACGAAACAAAGUAAACUCUGAGCAACAGUGACUUCUAAAUGAAUUGAAUGUUGGGGGGAGGGUGGGAGGUGGGGGUUGAUCUUCAUGUACUCUUAUAUUCCCUUACGUGAAUUGACCAUGUACAGCACCCUCUUUUAACCAAAUAUUAUAUAAUGCACUCUGUUGGUUCUUCUCAUCCCGAUAAUCUAUUCACGUUAAUGUGUUUGUAAUCAAUGUGGAAUCAAACGGCCAAAUGGAUCUCUCUGAUAUAAACUGCCACGAGGAACCAUUUGAAAUCCGGAGCACGGAAUUGAACCCAAAUGAAACCAGAUACAGUCACAAUACAUCUACGACUAUGUAAGUUACAUUUACAGACCAGGCUUUCCACUCCAUGGGGCCCCAGUCUCCACUUUCAGCAGCGUGACCGUCUGCACCCUGGUAACCCCGCUUGUGUCUGGACUUUCAUGGCCAUUAGGCCAGAGGUUGGAGGGUUAAGCCUGGUGUGCGCGUGACUUUAACCACAUGUCACAGAGGUCCCCAUCCCAGGUUGUCUCUCCUGCAAUGCUCCAUUUUACAUGUCCGUUGAUACAGCUGCCAUCCCUAUUAGCGGACACACAGCAAAGGGCUGUGCCCCCCAGACCGGUGAACUCUCAUCAAUACAACAUAACACCGGUUGACCUCCACUCAGCCCAGGACUUUCAAUGGAGCUCUGGACUUUCCAUCCAGUAGCCACUCGACUUCAAAUGUUCAAUUGAUGACCGUCUUUGAAGUUGCUGAUAUAAUUGUCUCAUGUUGUCAGGGCAAUGAGAUUAGAUUGAGGAACACCGGGUGAUUGAGCGAUGGCCACGGCCAGUUGCACUUAUCACACAAAACCCUAACAGGUUGUUGGAGUCGUGCCAAGGUUGCCAGGCAAUGGCCUUUAGACUUUUGUAUGUUGCAUGAGCCAGUGUCUCUUUCUGAUCCAAUCAAAGCUGAACCUUGAUUUUUUUUAAUAUGUUCACCCUUCUGAAGUGUCCAGUAGUAUAGCUUUUACAGUUGCUUAUGCCCAGAUAUGGAGUUAGUCCGCUCUUCUCUUCUUCUCCAGCAGCCUUGUGAUAACGGGUGUCAAUUGCCAAAGAAACCGAUUGUAUUUGCUUCUCAUUUUUCAGAAGCCCGUCUGUAAGAUCAUUGGUCUUCAACCUAGUGUACAGUCACUAGUCAGCCCUACAGAUGAAUAGGACAAAUGGCAUGUGUUUUGUUUAAUGUUGUUUGUUGAUUUUCAUGUCAUAUCUGUCACUGUGAUUCUGUGUACAGAUAGAUCUAUCUACAUGGUACAGAAUGAGACGGGAAUGUUUCACCUGCUGCCUGUUGGAAAUGUUUCUUUAAAGCAACAGAGUACAAAAUAAAUGUGAAUUCCUAACACACA